CUGUCACCCAAAUACAAGGACACUAUUUCACAGUCUGAAGUCAAUAAUACAGUACAGGUGCCAUGACCAGUACCAAUGCACUAAGGCGCAGUCCGCACAGCAUUAAAAGAUGGCAGCUGGAGAGCAUGGGUCUCCAUACAGGAGAAACUCAAAUUUCAAUUAGAGAACAAUCCAGCCCAGAUCAACCUAUGAGCAGUCAGACAAGGUUUAGUGCCUGGACACCGAUAGCAAGCAAAUCGUUCAACAAACAGCUCUUUCAUGAAAGGGUUCAACUUAUAGGACAUUGGUUUGACCUGUGGACAGACAUGCAACGAAAACAGUUCUUACAUUCAAUGUUAAUGAGGAGCUCAAAAUCACAACUGAAGUUUGUUCAAGACUGGUUCACUGAAGAGGUUCCUGUAACUAAAUUGGAUUUCACUACAGUGCUACCUCGGUUUAUCUCUCUCUACAUCUUCUCUUUCCUCAAUCCCCAACAACUUUGUUCUGUUGCACAAGUCAGUUGGCACUGGAAGUUCCUCUCUGAGCAGGAUUGUCUGUGGAUGCCAAAAUGUACCAAGUUUGGCUGGUUCUUGCCUUAUAGCCCCUCUGAUAAUGAAUAUGGGGCUUGGAAGAAACACUACAUUACAUGUGCCUGCACACUAGAUUAUCUGACGCCUAGAGAGGCAGCUGAAACGUAUGGAACCCUUAAUGAACCAAAGGAAAGGAAGGAGGAACAAGAAGAGAACUUACGGGACAAAUUAAUACGGAAACUGCUACGGAAGAGACUAGCACUAUAUAAAAAAGAAUUGUUGAAAAGCAGACCUCCAUGGAUAAGUGGGACAUGCAGAUCAGCUGUCUUUAACUCUGACAUAAAAUUAAGUCAGUCUGACCAAGUAGCCUUGCACGCUGCACUACAGCUGAUUAAGGACCAAGCAAAUGACUCAAACAAAACUCUCACAAGUCUUCUGCUGAGUGAAAACAAUCAGACACCAAGUUUCAGACUGGCCCUCGAGAAGACAAUAGUGGAGAAUUCAGUAAAUUCAAUGCCAAAAAGGCUGCCUGUUAAUGGAGCCCAAACUCUAGCCAAUCGACAUUGUCAUAGUCUGUGGCAAUAUUCACAUCUGGGCUCUUCCAGCUCGAUGCACCUGGUGCUGAUAUCAUCUAACUUACCGGCAUAUGAGGUUGUUCUUGCCAGUGUUAAACCUCAGGUCAUUCCCAUUGUCUAUGACUUUCAUGGGAUGACACCCGAAAGUCUUCUUUUCCAAGUUGAAAAGUGUUUGAAUGGUUGUACAGUGCAAAGUAUUGGAAUAAUCACUGGGGGAGAUUCACAACACCUGCAAUUACUACAAAAUUGCCGAAUAAAUUCUCAAAACAUCCUGACACCUGAGAUCCGAGACUUUUGGGAAAAGCUUGGAAGUUGUGUAGAACCUGGCAAAAAUGGUGGUGGUCACAUUGACAUAUUUGUCCCUCUAGCAGCAUCAGAGUCUGGAAUGGAAAUCCUUGAUCAUCUUACUCAGCUGACUGGUCUCAUGUUUUGUGCUCCUACUGGGAUAAUCACAGGAUGCUAUCAGCACAUUCUUAGUGAAUGGCUGACAGGAUUUCGAAAUAUUGGAUCACCUCCAUUUUUAUAUUUCAAUGAAGAAAAGCUUCAAGCCUGGUGUAGAUUUGCAGACAUAAUGGAGGAAGCUCUGCAGAUGGUCAGGAAGCAGAUGAAAAUGCACAUCAGUGACCUGCAGAGGAAUGUCUCUGGAAGGAUAAUUGGACAGUUUAUGUUUGACACUAUGAGUAUGACUAAAGUUCAGAGCAAUCAAAAAGUUGCUGAAGCUUUAACUGAUGGGCUGGUAGAACUCUCCAAAGGAAAAUAUGAUAAUUCAUUAGAAUUUUUGUCGUUAUUCCUUUUAAAAAAGUGUGCAAAAAACACAGAGCCUGGAAGCCAGGACGUAGUAACAGAAGGACAAGUGGCUGAUACAUUAACGACUAUUUUGGAGGAAAAUACAUUACUUGCAGACUUCGGAGACAGACGCACAAGGAUUGCCCAGGAAAUUGUCAGAAGUGAGAAGGAGUAUGUUCAGAUUCUAAAGAUCAUCAGGGAUGUGUAUGUUGUUCCUUUGAAAGCUGCCCUGUCAUCAAAUCGUGCUAUACUAAGCAUAUCCAAUAUUCAAAUAAUCUUCUCAGAUAUUCUUAAUAUUUUACAGAUUAACAAGCAUCUUUUAGGAGAACUAGUGGAAAGAUUUCAAGAAUGGGGUCCAGCCCAGUGCUUGGGGGAUGUUUUCUUGAAGUUUGGAUCACAGCUGAACUCUUACACCAAUUUCUUUAACAAUUACUCAGUAAUUCUGAAAACAAUUGACAAGUGUAGAGAAGCAAUGCCAACUUUCCGUGCCUUCCUAAGAAGACAUGAUCAGACAGUAAUAACUAAAAUGAUGAGUCUGCAGGAGCUGCUGCUCUUUCCUUCGACUCGCUUUGAGCAGUAUGUGAACCUUUUGUAUGCACUUCGUCUUCAUACUGCCCCAGAACACCCAGACCGUAAAGACCUAACAGCUGCCAUAGGGUUGAUGAAGAAGUACAAAGAUUACAUCGGACAGCUGAAAGCAAGUUUUGAAAAAGAUACUGAGAUGACAAAUAUACAGAAAAACAUAAAAGGUUGUCCUAAUUUAGUAGAGGCAAACAGACAUCUUAUUAAAGUUCAAGAUGCAUCUCAGCUAAUCUGUGCCAAUGAGGAAAUAAGAGCUUCACUCAGGAUAUAUGAACAGAUUAAUGACUUACGUCUUUUUCUCUUCAAUGAUGCUCUGGUGAUAACAAGUCGACACAUCUCUCAUACACCCUUCAAACGUACCACAAAGACGUCAUUACAGUUCUUGGCAUCCGUGUCCCUGCCACGACUCCUUGUGGAAGACAUUUCUGACACAAAAUAUGUCAAGAAUGCUUUUAUUCUGCAAGGUCCAAAACGUCAGUGGAUUUGUUCUACUGUUAACGAAGAUGAGAAAGUCACAUGGCUUUCUGUUUCUCAAAGUGCUAUAAGUGCUAGUAUUGAAAACAAAUAGGGCACAAAGUAAUAUAUUUAUAGAGAGACCGGAAGAUUUGUACGUCUUUAUUUUAAAUCCUGUCAUUUAGUAAUAAAGUGAUAAUUUAACAAGUUGAUGUAAUGCCAAUUGGUGUAUUGAAAAGUGUUUUUGAUUUUACAUUUUAAUGCGGGAUCAAAAUAAUUCAUAAACGGCUGCCAUGUUUGAAAAAACUAUUUGCCCACUUUGCUUUUAGAAAUUUGGCCAAUUUGGUAAAUUAUUCAAAAACUGGACUGGAGAAUCAAAAUGGAUCAUUUGCUACAUCUUUAACAUAAAUGUAAAAGAAAAUGGAGCAUGGCAUGAAAAAGGUCAUAUCUGACUUUUAAUGUUUUAUUCAAUUGUGUAAUUUCCAGAGACGGGCCGUUUCCCCAUUAAUUACCAUAUAUUUGGUUGAAAAAAAUAAAAUAAAAAUUCAUUUGGAAAUGUACUUUUUUUUUGUAAACAGGGAACUGCUGAUUGGCUUAACGCAUCAGCUGACCGCUCUAGUUCAAUGAAAUGAAG